AUGGCAUCGUUUCGGAGCUUGACUGCAGACCGCAGACCUUUUCAUGAGUUCAGAACCAAGUCGCGAAACAGUGCGGAAUCCAGGAAAGAAAAGUCUUAUGGAGUCGUAAAUCUGCAUGUCUUUGAAUGGCUAGACUCAGCUGUCCAGGGUAAGGAGCUCGGUGGUAUCCAGUCUAUCGAAGCGCUCGAAGCGCAGAGCAAAGGGGCCGUCCGGGUAAUAUUCGCACCCCCAGAUAACCCCACUGGGAACUACGGUGAAAAUCUGCUUGAGUUUCUUGAAGAAUGGGGAAUCCCAAGCGCGUUUGUCGACGAGGGUCUGCAAGGUGUCUCACAGUCGUUCGCGGCUCGUGAAGAUGUCGACGGAACAACGUUUGUGUGGUUCCAUUUCUUGUGCAAAACUCUCGCAAUAGUCGACAAAAAGAUUGUCCAUCUCAGCGGUGAAGAAGAAGACACUAGCGGACUAGGGAUGCGUCAGAAAGCCCAAAGUCAAGCUCAGGCAAAUUUCUCCUGGAUAAAACCGGGGUUCGUACUCAAAAUCCGAGAGCAGAACGCCACAACUCCAAAGGCUGCGCGUACAUCCAGCUCAGGUAGCGAUGGCACCUUAUCACCAACCACAGCUUCGCCUGUGGUCGAAUUGUUUUGUUUUGGGGUUCCAGCUUCGUUUCAGAGCCGCUUUCGUGCCUUGAUAGACAUGGCAAAGUGUGAGGAUCUGAUCCGAGAUCCAUAUGCCCUGCUGGAGGUAGCAUUCGAAGAAAUGUACAAAGUCCUGGACUGGACAGGGUGGAACCUAGGAGAUAUUUUCGGGAAAAUGGAGACAGAAGCACUGGAAAUGGCGAGAAAUCCUGGGAGAGCAACAAAGGACUUGCUCAAGGAACAUUUUACCGGCCUUCACAAUCUCGCGAAGCAUACAAUCUACUUGCGCGAGAACUGUGAGGCAGCCCUGGCUACCCUCCAAGGCCUCUAUGAUCACCAUGAGAGUGUGUCCGGUAAAAAACCCAACUUCCACCAAAAGUUCACCCGCCAGGCAUUGGACUACCGCAAGACGCUUUUUGAGUCUACACAGCGGCGGCUUACGAGUCUUGACGCACGCAUCUCCAACAUCAUCCAGCUGUCUUUCAAUGUGGUCACACAGGGUGACAGUAAAGUAAUGCAGUCUGAAAACCAGAGCAUGAAGACGAUUGCUGUUACGACGCUUCUCUUCAUGCCUCUGGGUACAGUCGCAUCUAUAUUUGGCAGUCAGUUCAUGCAACUGCAGGAAGAGUACCCUCACCAUAUUACAGUGUCGCAAGACUUUUGGCUCAUGUGGGUCAUUGCAGUUCCCUUGACUUUUAUAGUCGUGGUUGUCUGGCGAGUGUGGUACGUGGAUGCGAGGGAGCAUCUCGUAGACGGGAUGGAGAAGGAAGAAGGAAAGGGCUAUUUAGGGUGGAGGUCGUUGUUUCGGAGGAUACGCAGGAAAAAUGCACCCGCGAAGAUAGCCCCAUAG